UCACAGUGCUGUCUUUAAUCAAAAAACUUGUUCCUCACUGUGCACAAUGUAGCACUAACAUGGUCUUCCGAACAGUGCUGCUUGGUAUAAAACCAAGAAAUAUUAUAGACCAGGAAUAAGGUUAUGUUUCCUAUGGGUACAUUUCGGAAAAGAAAAUACAUCCAAAGAAUAUGACCGUAGACAGGAUUUUGUACAACCUCACCAGGUGACAAAAUUUAAAACUAGCCUUCAUAAGGAACUUGAAACUAAAAUUUUUGCCACGAAAACAUGACAUGUGCAAAAGUUAUCUCUGGCCAUCACUCCUGCUAAGGACACUGGGAAGGACAUGCUCAACGUAGCAGUCGAUCAGAACGAUUCCAGGGAAACUGCGCAACAGCCUGGGGCCGAGAAGCGAAACUUGGUCUUCUUCACCCUCGUCUCACUCCUUUUCCCGCAGACUUGGUACUGGGAGAUAGAACGGGCGUCUCCUAUAUGCAGGCAAAACUUGCCACGAGCGGCUAGACUUGGGACAGGCAAUUUGCCCUGCCACCCUUCUGUCGCCCCCACCCCUCCUUUAAUUAAGGCCGAAGGCAGAGACGUCCUCCUCCCCCUUCUCCUCCUCUUUGGUGCCUCCAGCCAGGAGGCGGGAGCGACCCACAGCAGCUGACCCAGCUCAGGCACUGCCUCUCCCAUAGCCCUCAAGACACACCAUGGGCCCAGAGGCAGGUUUGCUACACAGCAGCGACGACGCAGGCGGCGGCCCCAGCGACUCGCAACUGCCUCCCUGACCACAGCGACCACCGGCUAACACACCCGAGAAGCCAUCGCCGCCAUCGGCAGGAGAACCUAGGGUCCAUAAACCCAUCUUCGCGAUCGACUAAAGCUACGUCAACAACUAUGGCGGGCGAGGGACGGCGGGCGGAGGCGGUGCGGGAAGGAUGGGGUGUGUACGUCACUCCCAGGGCCCCCAUCCGAGAAGGAAGGGGCCGGCUCGCCCCUCAAAAUGGCGGCAGCAGCGAUGCGCCUGCGUACGGAACUCCUCCGUCGCGCCAGGGCCGGCGGGAAGUGAGGUUCUCGGAAGAGCCGCCAGAAGUGUACGGAGACUUCGAGCCCCUGGUGGCCAAAGAAAGGUCCCCGGUGGGAAAACGAACCCGGCUAGAAGAGUUCCGGCCCGAUUCUGCGAAAGAGGAAGUGAGAGAAAGCGCGUACUACCUUCGGUCUAGGCAGCGGCGGAGGCUGCCGCGACUCCAGGAAGCCGAGGAGAUGCAGACGCGAAGGGCUACCCGCCUUCAGCAGCAGUACUCACAGCAGUUUCCUCUACAGCCGUCUCCCGUUACGACCAGGAGAGGGCUGCGGGACUGUCAUUCCUCUGAAGAGGAUGAACCAUCUUCCGAAACCGAUUUAAGCCAAACGAUUUCAAAGAAAACUGUCAGGAGCAUACAAGAGGCUCCAGCGGUGAGUGAAGAUCUUGCAAUCAGCUUAUGUCGACCCCCUCUAAGAUACCCACGAUCUGAUUCGACCUACAAAACAAAUGAAAAUACUAAAAUGAGUCAAUUAGAAGCCACCAGUGUCCAACAGAAGGUCAAUUUCUCUGAAGAAGGAGAAACUGAAGAAGAUGAUCAAGACAGCUCUCAGAGCAGUGUCACUACUGUCAAGGCCAGAUCCAGGGAUUCUGAUGAAUCUGGAGAUAAAGCCACCAGAUCAUCUAGUCAAUAUACAGAAUCAUUUUGGCAGUCAUCACAAAGUUGCAACUUCACAGCUUAUGAUAAGCAACCUUCAGUGCUGAGCUCAGGAUAUCAAAGAACUCUUGAGGAAUGGGCCCCGCAGACUGCAAGAAUAAGAACUAGGAUGCAAACAUCUUCACCAGGCAAGAGUUCAAUAUAUGGCAGUUUUUCAAGUGAUGACAGCAUUCAGAAAUCAGAGCUUGGAAACCAGUCACCAUCAACCUCCAGCCGACAAGUGACUGGACAACCCCAAAAUGCAUCUUUUGUCAAGAGGAACUGCUGGUGGCUACUUCCUCUGAUAGCUGCUCUUGCCUCUGGGAGUUUUUGGUUCUUUAGUACUCCUGAGGUAGAAACCACUGCUGUUCAAGAGUUCCAGAACCAGAUGAAUCAACUUAAGAAUAAGUAUCAAGGUCAAGAUGAGAAGCUGUGGAAAAGGAGCCAAAUAUUCCUGGAAAAACAUCUUAAUAGCUCCCAUCCUCGCUCUCAGCCUGCUAUCUUGCUGCUCACUGCUGCCCGAGAUGCUGAAGAAGCGCUUAGGUGUCUGAGUGAACAAAUUGCUGAUGCCUAUUCUUCUUUUCAUAGUGUCCGUGCCAUCCGGAUUGAUGGGACAGAUAAAGCUACUCAAGACAGUGAUACUGUCAAACUAGAGGUAGACCAAGAACUGAGCAAUGGAUUUAAGAACGGCCAGAAUGCAGCUGUGGUACACCGCAUUGAGUCAUUGCCCGCAGGCUCUACUUUGAUCUUCUACAAAUAUUGUGACCAUGAAAAUGCAGCCUUCAAAGAUGUAGCCUUAGUCCUGACUGUCUUAUUGGAGGAAGAGACACUUGGAACCAGUCUAGGCCUAAAGGAAGUUGAAGAAAAAGUAAGAGAUUUCCUUAAAGUCAAGUUCACCAAUUCUAACACACCCAACUCCUACAAUCAUAUGGACCCAGACAAACUGAAUGGCCUCUGGAGCCGCAUUUCUCACUUAGUUCUGCCUGUGCAACCUGAAAAUGCCUUGAAAAGGGGCAUCUGCUUAUAAGAAGUGAGAGAGAAGAAAUCAGAGCUCUUUUUGAAAGAACUGGUUUCUUUUUAAAGGAAAUUAAGUUCUUACAUAAAAUGGAACACAAAAAUCAUUCAUUCAACCUAAUUACCUAUGAUAUGAGAGAAUCAUUUCAGUUUCCAUUGAGAGCUGUGUUGAAGGUAUCUUAGGAGUGCAGAUUAUAUGCAGUUCCUUAGACUAAGAAUCUAUUUUGAUUCUGGGCUGAAUUAUUACAGUUAUGGUAUGACCAGUGAAAGGGAUUUGUCUCCUUAUGAACCUUCCUGAUUUUUUAACUUAGAUUUCUCACUAAGUUUCUUAUUAGUAAGAUUGCUCCCUAAUUGUAACCAUGGAUUUUCCCAUUAUGUUCCCUUUUAUACCAUGUAGGUGUGAGUUCCUUAGCUUCUGCCUAUAGGAACAUAAGUAAUGAAAGGUCAUGUAGGUGUGUGUUUGGAAUUUUUUUUCUUUUGUUUCUUGGAAGAUGGAAAGAACAAGGCAAGGAAGAAAUUAAUGGGGAAGCUGAAGGGAGGAAAUGUUACAGUAAUCCACUGAGAUAUAGGUUAGUCAAACAUAGGUAUAUGAACUGUUCAUCUUGGUGGAUUCCAUUGGGAUUUGUUUUUUAUAUCUCCUUUUUCCUUCCUUGAAGAAAAAUUCUUGGCCCUCCCAAGGAUUCUUCAUGUAUAUUGCAAGAUUUAAUAUAUUUGUUCACUUGACUCUUAAGAACAGGUCAGGUCGAGGCAGGUGGAUCACCUGAGGUCAGGAGUUUUUUGAGACCAGACAUGGUGAAACCCCGUCUCUACUAAAAAUACAAAAAUUAGCUGGGCCUGGUGGCACAUGCCUGUAGUCCCAGCUACUUGGGAGGCUGAGGCAGGAGAAUUGCUUGAACCCAGGAGGCAGAGGUUGCAGUAAGCCAAGACCAGGCUUAUUGCCCUCCAGCCUGGGCAACAAAAACGAAACUCUGUCUCAAAAAGAAAAAAAAAAAAAGACUAGGUCAAUUCGUAACAGUUUAUAUUGGACACAUCCUGAAGCUUUUGUUUUGAAUUAAGAAAUAGUUUCAGGAAUUGACAAACCAUUUGUUAACCUGCUGUCCUGGGCUAUUGAAGAAGAUUUUGUUUUCUGCGCAUCCAGUUGUUGCAGUCCAGGUCCUCUAGUGCAACGCCAUAGCAAAUAUAAAGAUUUACUAUGCACAUGAUACAUGUUAUGGAGUGCCUCAAGCCAAGAUAGUGAACUUAUAUGAAGAGUGUGAAAUGUAUUUCUUUACUACUAUAGUAGUAUAGUUAUAACUUUGCAUCUAUAAUUGAGCUUUCUCAUCUGUCAACUGCUAUGGUUUUCUUAAAAUGUUACAAUUGUAGAUCUAUCCACCUUGUUUUUUUAUUGUCCACAAACCAUUAAAUGUAAAUACUGUUUUUAGAGAGAGUCAGUCAUUGGCUUUGUCACUUACCCUUUGAGAGUUCCACAAGUGGUAGUAGAGUGGUCUAACUUCUUUCCUCUAGUACUACCAGUAUUCAUAUAUGUAUGCCCCUUACUAUAGUUUGUUCCUCUUAGAAGUCAGAUCAUCUGAUUUAUAGAGGAUUAUGAAAACCAGAGUUUCUGAAAAGGCUUAUUUUAUACAUACAUAUUAUAUAGAGAAAUAAAUGUUUUUAUUAAAUGUUUCACUGACCCAAGUAAUUUAAAAGUAAUAUGUUACCUAUGUCUUUCAGGAAAAAUAAUUAUAGCAGCUGAUCUGUAAAUGACUUUAAAAGCUAUUUUAGUAAUUUAAAUAAAUUUACUUUCUUGGUUUGUACUCUC